AUGUUCAGAGACAAUCACACCAUCAUGAGUGAAUUCAUCCUCCUUGGCUUCUCCCACCUCGGGCAUAGUCAACGACUCCUCUUCGGACUGUUCCUGCCACUCUACCUGGUCACCUUGGGGGCCAACGCGGUGAUCGUAACCACCAUUGUGCUGGACCGUCACCUCCAUGUGCCAAUGUACUUCUUCCUGGCCACGCUGUCCUGCUCUGAAACUCUGUACACUCUGGUCAUCAUCCCCAAGGCUCUGGUCGACCUGCUGGCCCAGCACCGGGCCAUUACUGUCACCGGCUGUGCCUUCCAGAUGGGCUCCUUUCUCUUCUUGGGCUGCUCCCACUCCUUCCUCCUGGCUGCCAUGGGCUUUGACCGCUAUGUGGCUAUUUGCAAACCCCUCAACUAUGCCAGGCUGAUGACCAGGGGGGUCUGCAUGGUCCUGGUGGCAGCUGCCUCCUCCUGUGGCUCCACGGUCUCCCUGGUGGUCACCUUCCUCAUCUUUGGGUCCCCUGGACCCUCUUACGGUUGGCUCCAACACUUCUUCUGUGACAUCCCGCCGGUCCUGAAGGCGACCUUGCCUCCUGGCUCCCCACGGCGGGGGGUCAUCCUGGCCCUCGGGGCCCUGGUCCUGGUCAUCCCACUCUUCCUGAUUGCGGCCUCCUAUGCCCGUAUUGUUGCUACCAUCUUGAAGAUCCCCUCAUCUGGGGGGAGAGUAAAGCCCUUCUCCACUUGCGCCUCCCACCUCAUCGUGGUUACCAUCCACUACACCUGCGCCUCCUUCAUCUACCUGAGGCCUGGAGCCGGAGACUCCUCUGGCAGGGAUGCCCUGGUGUCCGUCACCUACACCGUCAUGACGCCUCUCCUCAAUCCUGUCAUUUACAGCUUGAGGAACAGGGAGUUCAAAGCGGCCCUGAAGAGAGUCUUUGAGAGGAUAUUUUGCCCUGUCUGA